GGCUUCUCUUUCAAACAAAAAUAUACACAGACAAAACAAAAAAAACCACCUUUCACUCAGACCUGUCUUAGUGUAACAACAAUGGUGAAAGAUCUUGUUGGGUAUAGGUUUAGUCCUACGGGUGAAGAACUGAUAAACCAUUAUCUAAAGAACAAGAUCCUUGGCAAGAAUUGGCUCGUUGAUGAAGCUAUCGGCGAGAUCAACAUCUGUAAUUACGAACCAUUUUACUUGCCUUCGUUAUCGAAGAUUCAGUCGGACGAUCUUGUUUGGUACUUCUUCUCUCCAAAGGAGUACACUUCUGUGAAGAAGAAGGUGAUCAAGAGGACUACUAGUUCAGGGUAUUGGAAAGCUACUGGUGUUGAUCGUAAAAUCAAAGAUAAGAGAGGUAACCGUGGCGAGAUUGGGAUCAAGAAGACGCUUGUGUAUUAUGAAGGUAGGGUGCCUAAUGGAGUUUGGACUCCUUGGGUUAUGCACGAGUAUCACAUCACUUGUUUGCCUCCAGAUCAGAGGAACUAUGUUAUCUGCCAAGUGAUGUAUAAGGGUGAAGAUGGGGACAUCCCAACUGGUGGUAAUUACUCGAGUGAGCCGAGUCAAUCUUUCGUCUCUGAUUCGAAUACUGUGAGAGCCACCAUUAACACAGAGCCUAAGUUUGAGCAGCGAGGUCAAGAAAAUAUAUUCGGUAUGUCUGUGGAUGAUUUGAGAAGUCCAAUGAAUAGACAAGAAGAUCACUCUUUGUGGGAUGUGUUGGAUCCAGACAUGUUCUUCAGUGCCAACAAAAAUCCUACGUUGCUGCCACAAGCUCCACAUUUAGCCCCAAAUGAUGAUGAAUUUCUCGGUGGAUUGAGACAUGUUGACAGAGAGCAGGUUGAAUAUUUGUUUGCCAAUGAAGAGUUCACAUCCAGACCGACCACAUCUAUGCAAGAGAACCGCAACGACCACAGGCCAAAGAGACCUUUGUCAGGGAUCAUUCAUGAGUAUAGUUGUGAUACUGAUAGCGACGCUGAAUCGAUAUCUGCAACCAGUUACCAAGGAACAUCAAGUCCAGGUGAUAGUGUUGGUAGCUCAAAUAGACGCUCUCAAACAGGCUUAGAUGAGAUUAUAUCGUUGAGCAAAGAUAUACAAACUUCUCAUGAACCUUCCAUCAGUAAAAAGACCAUACCAUCAAAGAUGAAACAAGAUUCGUCAAGAGCCGCUUAUGCGCCCGUACACAAGGAGUCAUCUUCUAUGGUGAAACCAGAGAAGGUGUGGUUUAUUACAGAGAAAGCAAUGGAGGUAAACAGGAAGAAGAGUCCACGGUCUAUCUAUUUCAUGAGGAUGGUCAUAGGCUUCAUUCUCUUGCUGGCCGUCAUUGGUAACAUCAUAUCAGUUUUACUAACUUAAUGAAGUUUGAUCGCGAGAGAGGCGAAGCAGAUUGAUGAAAGCACUCCUUUUAAAUUAAACUAGGUUUUCUUCUAAAAUUUUGAUACAUAAAUGUGUGUGUAUGAACAUGAGGUAUGUUCUUGUGCCUAAAGUUAAAUGAAAGUUAGCGUUUGAAAAUUAA